AUGAAUGGAUUUAAUUUGAGUAAUUCUUAAUAGAGAAAAUUUUCAUUAAAUUAAAUAAAAAUUGAUAAAAAAUUUCCAUUGAAAAGUUUAAAUUAAAUAUUAUAAGAAAACUAAUUUACAUUUCUCAUAUUUGGAUUAAAAGCAGAUGAAAGUCAAAAAAAUAUUUACAUUAAAGAAUUAUUAAGAUAAAUCUUAAAUUCUUAUUCUUUAGGAGAGUUAUGAAUAUUGCUGAUUUAUGGUCAAAUAAAUUAGUUAAUAGGUUUAUUGAAAUAUAAAAUUUUUUUAAAGAUAAAUUCUUACAGUCUUAGCUUUUAAAACAGAGAAAUAAGAAUUAAAAUGGAAAAGUAAGAUUUACAAGUUUAAUUUGAUUAUGAGAAAAUUUAGAGAGAAAAAUUGACAAUUUAGAAGAUUCUAGAUUUUGCAAAUAAGCUAAAUUUCAAAAAUAAUGAUUUUAAAUCAAAUUUUAGAAAACUGAUUAUAAAAAGAGUUCAUUCUAAGCCUAUAUGA